UACCAGGAAAGGCCAAGCUCAACUAAUGGGAAGCCAAGAGAAGAGAAAGAGCGGAAAAAACGUCCUUGCAUCACCAUCUAGUGGCCUCUGUGUUCAGCAGAAUAAAUCCAGCACCCAUAGAUCCUUUCUUGUGGAUGAUUCCUCUGUUAACCAUAUUGCAAUCUGCCAAAAGGUGCUGGCCAGAGGCCACCAGCAGUGUCCCCAGAGGUCGAGCAAGAGGCUGGUGCUGGUGGCAAUGCUCACCUAGGAGCUGGGUGAUACGCCGGCCUCCACGCUGUGCCACAAGCACACGGCCAGGUUGAGGGAGCCCUGGCACCAGCCCACACCAUGGAGCCCACCCCUGAGAUGAAGAGGAAUAGGUUACCCAGCAUGAACUUUGAAGCAGAGAUUCUGGCAGAUCCACACGAUAAUUCAGAGCUGUAUGUCAUCCCUUCCAUGAGAAGUCUCACGGCUGAGGAGUAUGUAGAGGCCUUUCAGUCAUUUUUGGAUCACUCAACAGAGCACCAGUGCAUGGAUGAGUUCAACAAGGAAGUGAUGCCACACAUCAUGGCUGGUCUCGGCAAUGGAAAAUCGACUAUAAACAUUCUGGGAGUGGGGAGCGGCACAGGUGAACAGGAUCUAAAAAUGAUCCAGAUCCUGCAGGCUGCACACCCAGAGGUCCUUAUUAACAACGAAAUCAUAGAGCCCAACCCACAGCACGUGGCUGCCUACAAAGAGCUGGUUAAUCGAGCCCCAGAUCUGCAGGGGGUCUCUUUUACUUGGCACCAGCUUACUUCCUCAGAGUAUGAACAACAGGUGAAAGAGAAAAACACACACAAGAAGUUUGACUUCAUCCAUAUGAUUCAGAUGCUGUACCGUGUGGAAGAUAUUCCUAACACCAUCAAGUUUUUCCACAGCUGCCUCAACCAUCAGGGUAAACUCCUGAUCAUAAUUCUGUCAGACAGCAGCGGUUGGGCCAGCUUAUGGAAGAAGUACAGGCAUUGCUUGCCUUCAACUGACAGUGGCCACUACAUCACCUCCGACAGCAUCACGGCAGUUCUGAGGAAGCUCAGCAUCAAGUACCACGUUUAUGAGUUCCCAUCGGGUUGGGACAUCACUGAGUGCUUCAUUGAGGGGGACCCAGCUGGAGGCCAUAUGAUGGAUUUCCUGACAGGGACAAAAAAUUUCCUGGGCACAGCACCAGCAGCUCUGCGGAGCCGCCUGCAGGAAGCUCUCUGCCAGCCCGAAUGCAGCAGCAGGAAGGAUGGGAGAGUCAUUUUCUGCAACAAUCUCAGUAUGAUCGUAGUGGAAUCCUAGAGCCUGGACCAACUUGCAGAGGUGAUGUAGGGCAAUGCAAUUGUCCAAAUGGCAAAGCAGAGAUAGGCAGGCAGUAGAGCAGGGUUCAUCCAUCCCAGUCUGGGAGGAUGGAGUGGCCUGUGAUGUCAAGGAUGAACUCUUUGUUCUGCUGAGCUCAAGAGUUCACCCUGGAUUGUUCAGUAUCGGCAGAAUUUGUUUCAGAAUGUAAAAAGCUGUAUUAUACUACAAGCCUGCAUGGAAAGUAUUUUAUUAUAGAAUUGCAGAAUUGUUUGAGUUGGAAGGGACUUUUAAAGGUCAUCUAGUCCUAGU